AAGUCUGCUUAAACCUCCCCUCUCUUGUUCUGUCCUUCUCUCCCUCUCUAAACUUGUUCACUUCCGUCAACAAUGUCUUCCAAGGGACUCAAAUCAACAAAGAGGAAAGACAGCGAAAGCUCUGACAAAUCCGACGCUCUCAAAUCCAAGAAGCCGAAGAUAGCUCCGUCUAAUCCUACCAUUCAGAACCAACAACAUGGUAAACCAAAGUCUUUUGCAAACAACGACAAGAGUGUUAACCUCUCCAAGAAAGAGCGUCGUGUACAAGCCAAGGAGCUGACAGAAGCAAGGAAGAAGAAGAGGAAACCUCAUUACACUCUUGAGCAAGAGCUUGCAACUCUGUGGGAGAAGAUGAGGCGCCGUGAUAUUGGCAAGGACGACCGUUUAAAGCUGAUAUCUGAAGCUUUACAUAAGAUGAAGGGGAAAAUGCACGAGAUUGCUGGUUCUCAUGUUUCUUCCCGUGUUCUCCAGACUUGUUUGAAGUAUUGUUCACAAGCUGAGAAGGAAGUUGUUUUCAAAGAACUCCAUCCCCACUUUCUUAGCCUGGCUUCUAAUACAUAUGCUGUUCAUGUGUUGAAGAAGAUGUUGGAUGGAGCUUCUAAGACGCAGCUGUCAGCCUGUAUAUCCACUCUCCGUGGACACGUGGCUCCUCUCCUCCGUCACAUGGUUGGAUCUGUUGUUGUGGAACAUGCGUACCAUCUGGCAAAUGCAGCACAGAAACAAGAACUCCUUGGAGAAUUGUACUCAACAGAGCUUCAGUUAUUCAAAGACUUGAACUCAACUUCUGAGAAAAGGGUGGUGGACAUCAUCGCUAAGCUAGGACUACAGAAAGGAUCUGUUAUUCGACACAUGACUGCCAUCAUCCAACCAAUUCUCGAGAAGGGAAUUGUUGACCACACUAUCACACACAAGUUGCUCAUUGAGUACAUGACAGUAGCUGAUAAGACUUCUGCUGCAUUUGUGAUUCAGCAACUGUCAGGCCCACUUCUUAUACGUAUGGUUCACACCCGUGAUGGUUCUAGGCUUGCUAUGCUUUGUAUCAAACAUGGAAGUGCUAAGGAGAGAAAGAAGAUUAUCAAAGCAAUGAAAACUGAAGAUAAAAAAAGCCAUGUUGGAAGUAUCGCUUCUGACCUGUAUGGAAGUAUGGUGCUUGCAUGUAUUUUUUCCAUAGUUGAUGACACAAAGCUAGUAACCAAGUUUAUUGUUCGUGAGCUGGAGGCCAACUUAAAGGAACUUGUUAUGGGAAAGAAUGGUAGGAGACCACUAUUGCAGUUACUCCAUCCAAAUUCUUCACGCUAUUUCAGUCAUGAUGAUUUGGCCUCUCUUGAUCUGUCUGUUCCAUCACUGUGCUUAACGGACAAGUCUGAGGCAUUGUCUGAAACAAAGGACUCAGAUGGCAAAGAAUCUGCUCAGGAGGCGACUGAACAGAGCGGUCUUGAAGAAAAUGUCACAGUUGCAGGAAGUAAAAAAGAUGCCCUUUUGAGAAGGCAUGAGUUGUUGCUCAUGAGUGGCCUUGCUGAGCGGCUUAUUGAUGUCUGUGUGGAGAACGCUGAGGAAUUCCUGAAGUCUAACUUUGCCAAAGAGGUCAUGUAUGAGGUUGCAGUGGGAGGCUGUGAUGGUAUUCUAUUGCCAACUCUGAGCGAGAAUCUGCGUGAGCUAUACGUAGCCAUUGCCUCUGUAGCAGCAGAGCCUAAACCCGAUGAAUCAGAGAAGAGUUCACAGCACAUCCUGGAAGACUUUCACUCCAACCGAACAAUAAGAAGGAUGGUCUUGGACUGCCCUACUUUUGCUUCCAUUCUUUUUAAGAAGGCAUUGUCUGGAAAAUGUCGGGCGUGGGCGCAAGGACACUGUUCAAGGAUCUUAUCUGCUUUCUUAGAGACUCAAGAUCUUCAAGUGCGCGAGAUGGCCAAGAAAGAGCUUCAAGUGUUGGUGGACGAAGGUGCUAUAAAGAUCCCAGAAACCAAGAAACCAGAAUGAUGCAGCUGAAUCACUUGUGUUUUGUGUUGCAGUCGUUAAAAAAGGUCACUAGGUUACAGAGAAUUAUGUGAAAGUUUUGUUUCUUUUCUUCUAUGGUUUAUUAUCUUAAUGCAACUUUAAAAACCGCGGCUACUAUUUACUCAAUCUUUAAGUGCAUAUGUUUUAAUCAUGUUUCCUUGUGGUGUGAUUGAUUCUCAUAAUUCAACUCACUUGGAUCAUUUAGUCCCUAAU